AGGUAAGGGGCGCCAUGCCCGUAACGUAUUCGAAUUGAUGACUCGAAUGCGACGUGAUAUUGGGGUAGACUGUGAUCCCCCCAUAUCUCCGUUGUUCGACACUCUCAUGAUCAUUGAUAGGACUGUAGAUUUGAUAACUCCUGUUGUCACUCAGUUGACCUAUGAGGGUCUUAUCGACGAAUUCUAUGGAAUAAAACAUAAUACAGUCAAGCUUCCAGGAGAACAUUUUCAAGCCUCAUCACAUGCGGGCCAGUCACCUCGCUCUGAUGGUAGCUCUGUUAAAUCUGUUGUUCUAAACUCGGCCGAAGAGCUUUACGCUGAUUUGAGGGACAAGAACUUUUCAGCCGUGGGUACUGCACUCAGUCGCAAAGCUAAAGCUAUUUCAGCAGUAGCCUGGAUAACGCCAUUGUUGCAUUUGGAGGUGUUAAGGUUUCUGCAUUCGCACGCGAUAGUGGAGAAAUAUUCCUAGACUCCUUCGAUGAUUCGGUAAUCAUGAUCAACCCGGAUAUACCUGAUGAAAGGGAGCUGAGGGAGUGGCUUAAAGACAAUCAGUAAACAAAUCCUUUUUUACUGAUUGUCUGAAGAUAUUAAUUACUUUACGUCCUUAAACAUCGACUGCAGCUAAUUGCCUCCAUCUUUUUUCUCGAAUUGUUGCCUCCAUCUGUUUCCCUGAAUUGUUGCCUUGCCUCAAACUUUUUUCCUAAAAUAUGGCUUCGAUCUUGUAACCUGAACUGUUGCCUCGAUGUUGUACCCUGAACUGUUGCCUUUUUACCUCAGCCCUUGUGAUGGAGAAAUUGGGCCACUGUCUGAGUUUAACUCAAGAAUUUACAUUGUUUAUUAUUUUAUUUCGUAAAUGAUACAGAAAAAAAAUCCAGGAAAUUACAAUAAACAAAAUCUUACGAAA